AUGCGAUCGGUUCGGAUGCGUAUCAUGAAGGAACAGCAGUUUCAAUGUGUUACAACAACUUGUUUACCAUACUUUAAUGCCAUUCAGUCAAAUCGUUUACAAUGUCAAAUUAAUUGUAUAUCACAAAGCCAAUGUAGAGCUGCUAGUUUUCAUCAUUUGAAUUCUACUUGUCAAUUGUUCAAUAGCACAACAAAUGAGUACACUAGUUUGGAAACAGCUAUCGGAUCUGUUGCAAUGAUUGCCCUGCUUGAAACACAAAUGUUGUCUGUUUUAUCUUUAUUUUUUCCUGAAAUACAGGAUCAACCUCAACGUCAACCUCCAGCUCAACUUCUUCGACCACAUCAACGUCAACCUCCAGCUCAACUUCUUCGACCACAUCAACGUCAACCUCCAGCUCAACUUCUUCGACCACCUCAACAUCAACGACAACAACAAUGA